AUGAUCACUAAUAAAAAAGAAAGCGCUGCUAAUGAUAGCUCCCUUGAAGAUAUAGAAGCAAUAAUGAAUGAAUUAGGUCUUACUAUUGAUUCCUUAGAUAGUUCAAAAAUAAAUAGUGUUCAGGAUAUAGCGACUCGUUCUGAGGAAAUGGUGCGGGAAAUCACCCAGGAUAUUCAGCAAUUGGAUCAGGCCAAGCGCAAUCUCACCUUAUCCAUAACAACUUUAAAUAACAUUGUGCUCAUAGUCAGUGCCAUAGAUAAGUUAAACGAGCUUCUUGGGCUUGCAACUAACGAAUCUGAAGAUGAUGAUAAAGCCGAGCAUACCAACCCUUUUUCAAAGCAAAAAGGUAUUAGUUACAUAAUUCCUCAUCGUCAACCUAUUGCUAAGGAGUAUCAUAUAAAAAGCUGUUUUGUUAUUUUAUUUUAG